UGUGAUUUCGUUUUUUUUGAGAGGGAGUGGUCUUCGCAUCUCCGUGUGCACAUUCCGUAGUGGUUCUGUUGGACCAAGUGCCUGAGAUUUCAUUUGCGUGUUCCUGAGACUGCUUCUCUCUGUUUCUUUGUGGAGCUGUGUCAUCCUGAGGAGAGGAGCCAUGAUGUCUCUCUGCUGCAUUGUGUCUUUAAGGAUGGUGCAUGUCCUUGCACCUAGGUGGCUUGGCGACUGUAACUGCAGGGGCAGCUGCGGAUGUGAACAUGUGCAGGAGCCCCGCGGCCUAAGCGCAGCGUCGCCGCCCUUGGCUGAGACUGGCGCUCCCCGCCGCUUCCGGCGGUCAGCAGGCGACGAGACACCCGACGUGGACCCCGAGCUGCUGAGGUACUUGCUGGGACGGAUUCUUGCCGGAAGCGCGGACUCCGAGGGGGUGGCAGCCCCGCGCCGCCUCCGCCGUGCCGCCGACCAGGAUGUGGGCUCCGACGUGCCCCCUGAGGGCGUGCUGGGGGCACUGCUGCGCGUGAAACGCCUAGAGACCCCGGCGCCCCAGGUGCCUGCACGCCGCCUCUUGCCACCCUGAGCACAGCCCGGAUCCCUUGCACCCUGGGACCCAGGAGUGCCCCCGCCAUCCCGCCACCAGGACUGCUCCCCGCCAGCACGUCCAGAGCAACUUACCCCAACCGGCCCUCCCACCCGAGGAUCCCUACCCCCGGCCCCACAAUAAACAUGAUCUGAAGCAGC